CCGACUCGCGGGCGCGUUCCACCCUUCCGGCUCGCGCUCGGCCUGCGCAGACGCAAGCCCGGAAGAUGGCGGCGGCUGGAGGAGCUCGUUUGAGGCGGGCGGCGUCGGCCCUGCUGCUGCGGAGCCCCCGCCUGCCUGCCCGGGAGCUGUCGGCUCCGGCCCGGCUCUAUCACAAGAAGGUUGUUGAUCAUUAUGAAAAUCCUAGAAACGUGGGGUCCCUUGACAAGACAUCAAAAAAUGUUGGAACUGGAUUGGUGGGGGCUCCAGCAUGUGGUGAUGUAAUGAAAUUGCAGAUUCAAGUGGAUGAAAAGGGGAAGAUUGUGGACGCCAGGUUUAAGACGUUUGGCUGUGGGUCUGCUAUUGCCUCCAGCUCGUUAGCCACUGAAUGGGUAAAAGGGAAGACGGUGGAGGAAGCCUUGACCAUCAAGAACACGGACAUCGCCAAGGAGCUCUGUCUUCCCCCCGUGAAACUGCACUGCUCCAGUGCAGUUACGUGUAUCAGUCUGCCUGCGUGUGUACGUGCGUAUGGAGUGACUAAGCCCCGUCGUGCAACAGUCCCCUGUAUGCUGUCCUAAGAGAAAGCCCAGUGCUGGCUGAAGAUGCAAUCAGGGCUGCCCUAGCGGAUUACAAACUGAAACAAGAACCCAAGAAAGGAGAGGCGGAGAAGCAGUGAGCCCUCAGCAAAGCAUCCAGCAGGUCAGACCUGCUGUCUGUCCACCUGCCGCGCAAUCACUACAGAUGUUCAAAAGCCCCCCCACGCUAUAGUAAAGGAGCUCUGAGACACGCAUAGCGCUUGCUGGUUACCUGGGGGCUGCCAUGCAAGCAAAAUACACAGUUUACUCAUUCCAAGUCCUGUGCUUUCUUUCAGCCCACUCUUAGCGCUUUAACCCUGUUUAUAUUUUGAUUUGUAUGCUUGGCCUCAAAACUGAAAUUAGUCACGAAGGCUCAAGUGCGGUAGUCCACGAAGUGCACAAAUAUCUAAUUUCACCUAAAACUACCUUGGGGAAGAUUACCAAUAGAAGGCUGCGGUAUGAUUAUUUGAUAGAACCAAUUAUUGUACAUAAAACAGAUUUGCAUAUAAGUAUAUUGCAUAUAUAUAUAAAAUAAAAGAACGUAAGACCCA